AUGGCGGACGGGGGGGAGCGGGAGCCGGAGGAGGAGCGGGGGCCGCCGGGGCCACGACCCGGGGAGCGGGGCGCUGCGGGCGGGGAAGAUGUCAUCGAUGAUCCCAUCUUGGAGACGGGAGCUGUUGUCCUCAGAGGGUAUGUGAGGGAGUGUAUAAAUUUGGAGGACCCAGGUUUGCAGGUCUCCUCUGAGGACUUGGGAGGAAGGUCGGAGGAACAGCAGGAUCCAAUCAUCAAAGAGGUUGUUGAACGGCUCCUCAAGCUAGGGGAUAAAUUGAAUGAAGACGCCGAGCUCCAGCAUCUUGUCAGACUGAUCAGCCAGGUUGGGAGUAAUGGUGCUCAGGACAUCUUCGUGGAGGUGGCCAAGAACAUCUUUGUGAAAGAAAUCAACUGGGGUCGAGUGGUGGUGCUCUUUCACCUGGCCUACAAACUCAUUUACAUGGCUCUGACCACCAAACACCUGGAGAACAUCCGGAUGGUCAUCAGCUGGGUUCUGCAGGUCAUCAGGGAGCGGCUUUCCCCCUGGAUCGAACAGCAGGGCGGCUGGGAGGGGGUGAUCCAGAGCUUCUCCCGCUGGAGGACAGCAACCAUUGUAGCGUCAGUCGUUCUUGUAGCAGCCUUCGUCUACUACAGGAAGACGCGCUGAGACACCAGAGACCACCUCAACACCAGAGCUGCCGUCUCACAUCCCGAGCACACGCAGCCCAAUGACUAGACCCUCUUUGGGAAGUUAAUUACAGUAAUUCCUCAGCCUCUAUCUCGUUAACAAUCGGAGGUCAAGCGCUCCACUUUGAGGAGCUCCCCUCCUCUCUUCUCAGGUUCCCAAGAAUGGAAAAGUGAAACCAGCUUUACAUCCAUCUGCAUCCUCGUCUUCCUCCACCAGCGGUUCACCAGGGCCUCCCGGUUGUUGAGUAAAAGUGUUUAACAGUGACUGUCACCACGUUACCUACGGACCUGAUCACCCCUAAACCAGACCUGUGGCUCACUUCUGGAUGGGAUGUCUGAUCUCAGCAACAACAGGACGUGGGAGGACAACGUGCCAAAAGGCUUCACCAGCAUCAUUUAUCUCUAGUCAAACUCUCAAAAACCAGUAAAAUGAACCGACUUUGAUGUCAUUUAGCUUCAUUGAAGCUAAAGUGGCAGGGAUUUCCUCAAAUCCAGCCACAUUGGUCUUUCAGUUUACGUGGCUCUGGGGCUUUUACAACAUGCACGGCUGCAUCCAAGCCGUGUGACUCAUUUCUUCUUUUUCUUGUCAGUCUUGGCCAAAGGCCGACGCUCCACACCAGCCCAGCAGGACAGAUAGCUGUGAGAAACCACUCCGUUGUGCUCAGAUCCUGACGUUCUUUCAUUUUUAAUGGACUCAAUCUAUCUCAGGUUCAGACUGCUCAUCAAACACUCAAAAACCGGAAGGCUCCGUCCACCAAGCAUCAUUAUACCUCUAAAGCCUGAAAUAUGUCCACAUGUUUUUAUUUAGGACGAUGCAAAACCACAUUCUCUACACGUUGCUAAGUUUGCACUCCUGUGGCGUUUUUGUAACAUGUGGAACGUUGGGAAUGAAAUGCAGAGAAUUUGAGGCUUAUUUUGAAGACCAAACGAUCAGACACAACUUGAAAUGUAUUGUAUUUUAAUCAUCAUUGCCGUACCAAUGUUUUUCUAUAUGGUGUUGGGAAUAAAAAGGAAAUAAUGGAAAUAGUAUGCAUGUUUUGCAACCACGUUGACUGCACUUUGAAAGAGGGCUUGCACAAUUUUUUUUAGCUGUUAUGUGGUGGGGUUUUAAAAAAAAUAACGUGAGCUAAUUUGUUUUUUUGUCAAGAUUAAAUUAUUUGAUUGGGUGCUAUCUCUGUGAAUAAAUACAACAUGUAUUAACCCGA